UCCCCCCCUCAUUACAGCCCUCGCCACAUCCGCAUCACCCCAAUAUGUUCGCUCCUCCCGCUGCUCUGCCUCCUCCACCUCCGCUCACGUCUAGCACUCUGCCAGUACCUGCGCAUCCUGCUGCUGGGAGUGCUUAUUCAGAACAAGACCUCUUGCGUCAGGAAUUGAACACGCGUUUCCUGGCCUCUCAGAGCGCAGAUCGCGGCGCCUCCUUGGGGCCGCCUCCAUACCUGCGCACAGAGUUCCACCAGCAUCAGCAUCAGCACCAGCACCAGCACCAGCACACCCAUCAGCACACGCACCAGCACACCUUCACCCCCUUCCCCCACGGCAUCAUGCCCACGCCGGCACCGCCCAUGGUGCGUACCCCUGCCCCAAAUUUUGAAAAAUACCCAACGAAAGUCGACCCAUUCUACAGACACAGUCUCUUCCACUCGUACCCACCGGCCAUGUCUGGUCUGCCCCCCGUCAUUCCACCGACUGGGCCAUUUGGUUCACUACAGGGUGCCUUUCAACCUAAGACCUCCAAUCCACUGGAUGUUUCCACCAGACCAGGAGCCGUCCCACACACGUUCCUACAGAAGGACCCCAGGUUAACAGAUCCUUUUCGGCCCAUUCUCAGGAAACCAGGGAAGUGGUGUGCGAUGCAUGUGCAUACAGCCUGGCAGAUCUACCAUCACCAACAGAAAGUUAAGCAGAUGCAGGUUGACCCUCACAAGUUAGACUUUGGGCUCAAGCCGGACUUCCUGAGUCGACCCCCGGGCCCCAGUCUGUUUGGGGCCAUUCAUCAUCCCAGUGACUUGGCACGACCAGCUACGCUCUUCUCUGCAGCAGGUCCAACUCACCCGUCCGCUGGUCCAUUUGGCCAUCCACCCCACCAUCCCGGGAACUUCCUCACUCCAGCCCCUCACUUAGAGCCUUUUAGCCGACCUGCUUCCUUUGGGGGACUGGGCGCUCUCAGUUCCACAGCCUUCGGAGGACUAGGAAAUCCAGCACUAACGGCCAACUCCGUGUUUGGCCAUAAAGAUGGCCCUAAUUCCCAGACGCACUUCAGCAGCAGCAGUGGCAGCGGCCCCCAGGAGCCAUGGAACCGGCUGCACCGAACCCCACCCUCCUUCCCCACCCCUCCCCCCUGGCUCAAACCCGGGGAGUCGGAGAGGAGCGCCUCAGUCAGCUCUCACGACCGUGACAGGGACACUGAUAAGAGAGAGUCUGGGAGUAAAGAUGACAAGGACAGGGACUCUGUAGAAAAGCGUCACUCCAGUCAUCCUUCGCCUGUGUCUGUGACUCCACUCCCCUCUCUGGGCCACAGCCGACCUCCGGAGCACCCGAGGAACCCACCCCUCCCCUCCUCCGGAGACCCCCACAGAGAUAAGGACAAGGCCAAAGAGAGAGAGCACUCGGACUCAUGGAAAGAGCUGAGCCCAGAGGAGCACAAGCUCAAAGACAGCCAGCACAGUGACAAGGACAGUGUGAUCCAUGACAGCAGGACGUCUGAGGACAAAGGGUCCAGCCGGGGCUCCACGUCCCCCUACAUCAGACAGAACAGUCUGGACAGGCCCAACGGUCUGCCAAGGGAGGUCCUGGACAAAAAGGACACGCCUUAUGAACUCCAGAAGAAGAGCAGUGAGGUCAAAGUGAAAGAGGAGAGGAAAGAGGAUCAGGAAGGAGCCACAGACAGGGCCCCCUCUACACCAAGCCUCCACCCCCCCUCCUCUAUGCCCUUGCCCAUGGCCAUGCCCGGAGUGCACCCCAUCAACAGCAUCAGCAGUCUGGACAGAACUCGAGUAGUGGCUCCUUUUAUGGGCAUCAGUCCCAUCCCCGGAGCGGAGCGCUUCCCUUACCCCGCCUUCCACUGGGACCCUAUGAGGGAUCCCUACAGGGGCCUUGACCUUCACAGACGGGACCCUCUGGCCAGAGAGCUCCUGCUCAGGAAUGAGCCUCUGAGCCGUCUGGCCCCCCCGCGGCUCUAUGAGGCCGAGCGCUCGUACCGCGAUAGAGAACCACACGACUUUAACAGGGACCACCACCCGCUGGGGCUGGAGCACCGCAGGGAGGUGGACAGGGUCCCUCUGGACGAGCGAGAGCGACUCAACAUGCUGAGGGAGGAGUAUGAGCAUGGGCGCCUGCCCCCAUCCAUGCACCACCCCGCCUUGGACCCCCACCUCCCCCAUCCAGCCCCCGGCCUCAUAGCCCCAGGACUCCACAGCAUGCACUACUCCAGAGUGAGCCCGUCUGCCGCAGUGGCUGCGACUGCUCAUCAGAAUGGGAUUUUGAACAAAGCUGCUGCUACAGCGUCUCUGAGUGCGCCCCCCCCCCUCAUCCCCUCUCUGGGCCGCCCUGGCUCGCCCAGACGGACUACGCCUCUGACCGCGGACAUACGGGACAGACCCACCCACAAAGACAUCGAGGCACGGUGAGAUCCUGUGCCUCAGACCCAGCACUUAGACUGUAUGAUAGCUGUGAAUAACUUAUGUGGGCGGCAGAGGCCCAUGCACUCCAAUGUUUUGUAAAGAGACAGUCUUCUGAAAACUCAAUGAUGUUUUCCUGGUUUUCCAGCUUUGUGUGUAUUCUUUAAUCUGAUGAAGUUGGUCCACUUGGAAUGUACAGUACUUUUAGCACUGACUGCAGUGUGUAUAUAGUGUACAGUUGCUGUUCUCUCUCUGUAUGUUACAAAUAUGCAAAAGAAUGUUUUGAAAGCUUUACUUUAAACACUUGUAAAUAGAGGAGUCUGAGGUGCUGAUUCAGAAUGUGCUUUUUGCUAGACAUUUUGAGUUCUAUUGGUUGAUGCAGCUUAUUAAUAUUGAGACACUAAAAUCCCAUAACCAACUAUGCAAAAAGAAAAAAUCUUGGCUCCCUUUCUGAAAGCUGCUGUGUUCUCCCCACAACACAGACGUACAACAUUGUGGUUUGAGAAGCUCACAGGUCUGCAGGAUUUGGCAUUGGUUUGUUGGGACUUAAGAUCAAAACAUUUUUUUUCCAAAUAGUGGUGACAAUCUUUGAGACACAGUGUAAAACAUUCACAAUAUCCAGUAUCUGGCAGCACAAAUCUCAACUAUUCUUUCCCUCAUUUGGUCUUGUUUUGGGGAGAGCACAGCAGUGUAUUCCCCAUCCCAGUGAAGUAAGUGGAAGGUACAAUUUGGUCAGUGAUUUCAAGUGCUUCCCUAUAUUAAUGUAUGUUCAAAAACAAAAACACAAAAAGGACAGUUGUUUGUCAGGAGCAGAAAUCUAUUUUAGUAGCCCACUGAAAGUUUAGUUGUGCGCUUCAAACUCUGUGAUAUACCAUGUCGUGCAGUGUUUUUUAUCCCACUUACAGACGUCCCCCCGGAGCCAUAGUGAUUAGUUAAUGCGUAUUGCAAAAAGAUUGUUAAAUAAGAACUUUUUGCUGUUUACUAUGUACAGAAAAAAGAAAGUCUUUCUAGACCGUGUACAAAAAUGAGAAAAAAUGAAGCGACUGAAUCUUCAGCAUGCUCCUCAUUUAAACUUGUGUUCUGUAAA